UAACAUGGUGUCCUCCUUCAUUGCAGGUUUGGGUGAUCAUUGAGAGUUUGCGAGUGAUGCUGACAAUAAUUGCCUCUGUGAGAGGUGACUAAGACCAAACAGAAGGAAAGAGGACAAACGUGCAAUUGAGAGAGACAGAAAGGUGUGUCCCACCUGUCAUCUUUGCUGUAGUGAAGAUUUUGGAGGGCUUAGUGGGAAACUAAAAGGGCUGAGGUUUCACAUAUUGCUUAGGAUACCUUUUGAAGUAUCCCUGUAUCAGCAGCCAGCUCCACAGGCUGGGACACCAGGUGGGAGGAAGUGACAUCGGUGAAGGUGUCUUGCUCCUGGAACAGCUCCUUGCACCUCAGCUAGCACCAGGCCAUUUCAUCCCCCACUGGAGUGUUCCUCAGAGCUGGGGGCUGAGCCAGCACAGCCCCCACUGCAGCACACACCUCUCAGGCCCCGGACGAGAUGGCCGCCCUCAUCGCUGAGAACUUCCGCUUCCUCUCCUUGUUCUUCAAGAGCAAAGACGUGAUGAUUUUCAAUGGGUUGGUGGCCCUGGGCACAGUGGGGAGCGAGGAGCUCUUCUCAGUCGUCGCCUUCCACUGCCCCUGCUCCCCUGCCCGCAACUACAUCUAUGGGCUGGCUGCCAUUGGUGUCCCGGCCCUGGCCCUCUUCCUCAUUGGUGUCAUCUGGAACAAUCACACCUGGAACCUGGUGGCCGAGUGCCACAAGCGGGGCACCAAGAACUUCUCUGCUGCUGCCACCUUCCUCCUCUUUGGCUCCAUUAUGGGCCGAGCAUCCGUGGCACCCAUCACUUGGUCGGUCAUCUCGCUGCUGCGUGGGGAGGCUUACAUCUGUGCCCUCAGCGAGUUUGUGAAGCCAUCCUCCCUGGACAAGUUUCCAGCUGAGUACGGGGCCGAGGUGCUGGCCAAGAUCCCCUGUAGAGACGUCCCGGCAAACCUCACCAAGUUCAGGGACGAGGUGACCCGGCGGCUGAGAUACGAGUCCCAGCUCUUCGGCUGGCUGCUCAUCGGCAUCGUUGCGGUGCUGAUUUUCCUCACCAAGUGCCUGAAGCACUGCUGCUCGCCGCUGAGCUACCGGCAGGAGGCCUACUGGGCCCAGUACCGCUCCAACGAGGACAAGCUCUUCCGACGCACGGCUGAGGUCCACUCCAGGAUCCUGGCAGCCAAGAACGUGAAACAAUUCUUUGGCUUUGUGGCACUGGACAAGGAGGAGAAGGAGCUGGUGCAGGAGUUCCCGGUGGAGGGCGUCCAGCCGAGCCCCCAGUGGAAUGCCAUCACAGGUGUCUACAUCUACCGAGAGAACAAGGGCUUCCCGCUCUACAGCCGCCUCCACAAGUGGGCCAAAGGGGUGGAAGGGAACGGGCCAACCCCAGAAGGCCAUGAACUGCUGUUUUUAGCUUCCUAAGACAGAAGUGCACCAGCAGCGCUUCCCCAGACUGCCUGGCAGCCCUUCCAGUACCUGUGCUCAGCUGAGGGAUGCACUGGGAACAUUCCUCCCGGCAGGAUUACUUCUAUCAGCAGGUAAACAGGAAUCAACAGCCUCAAGGCAGAGACUGAUAAGCAAUACCCUGAGCUGGGGAACCCCUCCCUCGGAGACAAGAGUCUCGCUGCUGCUCCCAGAGACACAGGGGAGCAAGGAGCAGAUGCAGCCCUUACCUCCAGGCUGCCAGUGCCACCCUCUGCCUGACACACCAGCAGAAGCCUUGGGGAGCAAGAGAUGGGCACAUUUCUCGUUGUGACUCGUGCAGUCCCACUUGUCUUCCCCCCCAGCCAUCCCAUACCUAUUUGUUUUAUUGACAUUGAUAUCUUCUUGCACACUUGUGUGAUGCCUGUUACACAGGCAGGUCCCAGAGCACUUUACAGACUUCACAGUGCAGGUAAAAGAAGGAAGCUGUGGGUAAAUUCCUGAGGCAAGGAGGAUGCAAUAGCAUCUGGGAAGGAAUGGGUCAGUAAUAGCCACACACCAAAUAACUGAGAGACUAAAGCAGAAGGAAUCACCAAUAUUCCUGGUAUUCAGAAAGGCACUCUGUAAUUACCAAUUUGAAAUUUGGGUAAGACACCCAAAUUCCCUUUGUCCUUACUAAAGUGCUUGGCAAUCUCUAAGGAGCCCAAAUGGUCACCACAAUGAGUUUAUGAACCCAGAGGAGGCACCAUCAGCAGAACAGCUUUGGGGCAACAGCAAGGUGGAGACUGAGAGGAACCAGUACCCACAGUACUGUCUGCAUCUCACUGCAUUUGUCAUCCAGCCAUCAGAUGAGAGUCCUUUGUUUGGGUUACAAGCUGCAGGAUGACCUCAACCAGAAUUACCUUUACAUAAAUGUAUGUAUAAACAUACAUAGAGUGGAUAUAACAUAUAACUGUAGUUAGUCUGUUGUAUUAAUGGAGCAUCUUUCUCAGAGGGGAAGGGGGUGAGAAAGCUGACAGCCCAAAGAGCACAUUACAUUCACCCAUCUGCUGCACUGGGACUGCAGCCCUGGAGCAACAAGGGGACAGCAGGAACAGAAGGGGGGAGCAGCCCUCUCCCUACACAUCUACCACUGAAUGUUCUAAAACUCUUUCCACUGCCUUAAUUGGCCCCUGAAGCACAAUAUCUCUUUUAUGGACUUGGCCAUACUCUGGGAAAGCAAAACCAGAAAGGUGUAAAAUUACUACCCUCACCAUGACACUGUGUGACUAUGGCUUCAAGGCUGCUCCUCUGGCAUUGCACAGUCCCUUUUCUCCCAAGGGUCAAUCCUGUGUACACUGUGUAAAGAGCUGGCAUGACAGAGAAGUUUGGCUUUCCUACUUGAACUGUUUUGUUAUAGAUACAACUUCCUUUUACACUGUGUCGUUUACCAAAAAAACUAAAGUUGUUCAAAAAACAGCCCAAACCCACAAAACUCAGAGGGGUACACACAAGAAGAUUUUAAAUAAAUUAUUAAAGGAGAGUUAUUUUUCAUUGACUUCUGAGUUUCUUCAGGGGGGUAUAAAAGGCAUAAUUUAACAUUCUCUUUGAAUUCAAGGACUGGGAACUUAUUUUUUUCUUUCUAUUAAAGAUUCAGAUCCUCUCCUAUCCAGAUCAUCUGAGAAUGUUUCAAAGCAUUAUCACAUAUUACAAGUUAGUAACAUGGCUUUUUAGUUAUUCUUGCAUUGAGUAGCAGAAAUCUUGUAUAUCAGGAUACACAAUUGCAGCAAAGGAGAGAAAAUUAUUUAAAAUGCUUUUGACAAGUAUGGUGUCUUGCAAGAAAGAGCUGCAGGCUACUCCCUCACAUAAAGAGGCUGGAACACCGCUUAAUGGGCGAGGCAUCCCAGGAUCCCUGUUCAGCCUCUCCACAGAUUUGCUUUGCAUUUGUGGGAAGGCUUGGCUCUCAGCUUCAUCAACUAAUCCACAGAAAUAAUCAGAUGGAAGUUAAAUUAAAUUGCAUUAACUUGAGAUGAAAGAGAGUUCAUUUGCAUUUCUUCUCGCUGGCCCUCGAGUGCGAACAUGCAGAUGCACACGCCACCUCCACACAGCCAGCAGACACGAGGUAACUUGCUGAAACAAAGCAGAGUUCCUCUGACUUCCUUUAUUUCCCUUGCCUUCCUCCUUGAUAGUCCCAAUUAUUCCUUUGAACCACCUCCACUCUGGUUCCUUCUUUCCCCCUCCCUCCUUUGAAGGAAAGGGGAAAGACACGUAAUGCUUGAGAAUGGAUUUUCAUCCUAAGAAUAAACCAUGAGCACAAACCAUCUUUUGUUCUGGUUGCAUCCCUUCUCUCCUGUAUUAAAUCCACUCUCUUUCCAUUGGCUGGGAUGGGCUAGGGGCUUGUCCAGCUUGCCUGUUUUCCCUCCCUCUUGUUGGGGAGGCAUGCAUGAGUGGACAGCUGUCAGUGAGGAGUGGAGCAAGACAUUACACUCAGAAAUUUGUUUGUAAUUGCAGAGAUUUGGUUUUUCUCCUCUCUGCCACCCUUCUGAGUGUGAUCUCCAAUGAGACAGCCCCAGGUUUCUGUCUCUUCUGGCACAUCAGCACCCUUAAGAAUAUAUCCCUGCUGCUCCUGUCACCCAGUGUCCCCCACUGACAAUGCUGAGGUGAGGAGCAUUAACCCAGAUGGUUUUACACACAAGCACAAGCAGCCAGGUUAGAUUUUCCACUGAAAUGCCAAGAGUGAAAUUGAGCCACCCAUCUCCCUGGCAUGCUGGAUCACACAAGCUGUGAGCUCACACAUUCCCUGCUGCUCUUCCAAAGACCAACAAUAAUCCCAUCACAGAACAGCCCACAGGUCACGGCUCCCAGCAGCAAGAUGGGUUCAAACCAGGCUCCUCCAGCACAGAGAAUUACACACAGGUCUUUCACCUCUCCUGCCUACUACAGACAGUAUAAUAGCACCGGUAGUGAAGAAGAAACAAUACCUCAGAGGGAUCUUGGUUUCUAUUGCAACGCUUAUUUACAUGUUCUGUUAUGCAACUAAUUAAAGCAAAAGAAAGAGUCACCAUCACUGAAGCUGUGUUCUUUAAAAAAGGCAGCAGUUGCUACUGGAUGUUGUAAUCAGCCUCCUCCACUACAAGAUCAUUAAGCAAAAUCUGAGUACAGCACCCUGCUCUCCCUGGGGGCAAGAAGUGAAAUUACUUGUUUCUGGAUCCCAAAGGACUUGGGAAUGAAAUAGAUGCUGAAUCAUCCAGCCUUGCCAGCACUGGGCAUUCACAGAGGCAGAAGAGCUGGGUCCUGCAAAGCUCUGAUUUUGAGUUUAGAGUACCUACAAUGAGGAAGACUCUUCAAGUUUGGUAUUUCAAAGCUAGGGUCUACAGUGGCUAAUCACAUCUGUUUGCUUACCCUGUUUCCCCCUGCCUCAAGUUCUGCCUCUGUAAAACACUGGGCUGAUCAUAUCCACAUCUCAGUGGAAAGUUAGAGGAAUACAGAAUUGUAAGGAUAAGGACCAUAAGGCACUGACAUCAGUGACAGCUUUUUCAAGUACCCAAAACACCUGGCUUUUUCCAAGCAGGUUACAUUGGGAUGGUUUUUUUUCAGCACAGAAAAAACACUUUUUUCUUUGACCUCAGUGAUUUCUCUUAAGAGAAAGUGACUACUGAAAAUCACUAUUGUUUCUGUCAUCAAUCCCUAGCAACUUGCUACAACAGAUGGCUGCCCAGAGAGGUUGUGAAGUCUCCAUUCCUGAGGAAAUCAAAACCAAACUGGAAGUGAACCUGAGCAACCUAGUCUUGCUGAUCACUGAUUUGAGCAGGAGCUUGAAGAUCAUCAUCAAGAGGUUCCUUUCAGCUUCAGCUAUGCCCACCAUCCAGUGUUGCUCUGCCAAUUUCUAGAGCACAAAGGCACCUGAGAUACAUCUUUGGAAGUGUUAAUUCAUCCAAAAGACAGGAAUCUUCUCUGCCAU